AUAUUAAAUGGACUUUGUAUGACCAAUGAAAGCAAAAAGCAAGUUGCAUUGAUGUAAUUACGUUGUAUGUCAAGGUUUAUUCUGUUUUCUGUUGUUUGUCUUUUCUGGUAGCGUAAAGCAAAAUCAUGGGUCCAGUCGAGCUCCUUCACAUGUCGGUAUUUUCUCAGAGCCUCUCUCCCUGCGGUCGGUUUUUAGCUGCGGGGAACAACUACGGUGAGAUCGCAGUUUUCAGUCUGUCAUCCUCACUUAGCCCAGAGGCAACAGAAAUCAACAGAAAACCCAUCCUGACUUUCACAGCUCACGAGGGACCUGUUUUUUCCCUUCUGUCCACCGACACACAUCUUCUUAGUGCAGGAAAUGGAGAGAUCAGUGCUUGGAGUUGGUCAGAGCUGGCAAAAAGAAACACCAAAGCUGUCUGGAUUAGAAGACCACAAUACAAAUUGAGCUUGGAGAUCCCUGAGAUCAAUGCAAUGGUCAUUAAUGCCAGAGACAACAGCCUGGCUGUGGGUGGGGGUGACAGCAACAUUCACAUUAUGGAUUUGGAAAGUGGCAUUUUCAAGUCUGUGCUGCAGGGCCACACUGACUACAUCCACUGCUUGAGCAUCAGAGAGCGGGAAGGAGAGCUGCUCUCCGGUGGGGAGGAUGGAGCUGUCAGGAUGUGGGAUGUCCGAACAGGACAGUCUGUGCACUGUGUGGAGGUUUACAAGUACGAGCAAUGUGCUCGGCCCCAGCAUGGGAAGUGGAUCAGCUGUGUUACCACGGAUUCUGACUGGAUGCUGUGUGGCGGGGGCCCUUCCCUGUCGCUCUGGCAUCUGCGCUCACUCUCCCCCACCUCCGUCUUCCCUAUGUCCGGAUGCCAGCGACAGGCAAUGUUCUACCAGGAUCUUAUCUUAGCAGUGGGGGAGGGCCACUUUGUGUCCCACUGUCUCCUCGGCGGUGAAGUUAAGUCACUGAUUCCCUGCACACCUCCGUCACUCAACACACUGGCUCUGAACACCAACAGCACUGAGCACAGGGUGCUGACAGUAGGGGGCAGCAGUGACCAGAUCGACGUUUUCACCAACCUAUCAUACAGGGCCUUCUCGCUUUCCUUUUGAUGCACUUCCAUCCUCGCACCUCCGCCACCUACUUAAAAUGCAUCCCUGUCUGAAGUGUCCGGGGGAAUUUGUUUUUUAUAAUAAAGAUUUGUUGGCCAUUUUGUAGAA